AGGUGUAUUCCAAUUUCCAGUCAUAAAGAGAAUAGGGAGGUGGGACUUAAAAUGGGCUUUCAAUUGAACUUUUGAUGGCUGCUUUAAUUUUUUUAGUUUUGGUUGGUCUUUGUGAAUGCAUUUUUUCCAUGCACAUUGAACGAUAUGAAGAUGCGCUCUGCCUUUUAUUUUUCCAAUUAACACCUCUAGAGCUAUUAAAAGAAACAAAAACCUCCUCCUCCUCUCAUUUCUUUAAAGACUUUCAAGAUUUACUUUUGGGAUUGGUGUCACUUUUGUCUAGGAUUUCUUUUAUGCCAUGUCUCUCUUCUAUUUUUUCCAAUAUAAAUAUAUUGCACUGUUGACUUUCAUACUUCAUCUUGUCUACUUAUUUUUAUUUAUAUAUUGUAUAGUUCAAUCAUGGAGGUCGAGGAUUAGGAAGAAAGAUAAUAUAGUGUUGUCGUAUUGUUAGUUUAUUGUGUCUUUUCCUCUCCUACUUUCCUGGUUUUUUAAGUUGAGUCUAUCGAACCAAUUUCGAGUUAAAAGUAAGUCUAUCUAUAUCCUCUCCACUCCCAGUUAUGAGAUUAUACAUGAUAUGUUAUUUUGUUGUAUAUUGCAGUACACUCCAUCACAUUGAAAAUGCAGCUUCCUUUACUUUUCACUAUUCACUCGUCUUACUUUUAAUCAUGCUAGUUUAAGAAAUCUAACAUGGCAUUCUUAGCUUUUUAUUUGUUACAAACUUCAUUCCUACUUUGUUAGUACUGACUUUUUUUGUGAGAAAUGCACUUUCACCAACAAACAAGCUACCACUAGUCGUAGCAAAUGCAGCCUUUUGGCAGCAGAUGGCUAUUGCGCCUUUGAUUAAUCCAUAUAUACUUUGGAACUUUUCUCAAGCCACGAUAAAUCUAUAGAUUUUUAUAAAGUGACUUCGGAGUAGAUAAAGUUUUAAAUAUUUUUGCUGAGAAUGCGGACUGAUAAGGUUUUGCAGAGGAACUUAUCGUUCGAUCUCAAUAGUACUAAGACUAGAUGCGUAAAUCAAAUCUCAUAAAGAAAUUGGGAGCAUGGAGAGGGAUACACAGGUUAAUCUUCAUAUUCUGUAUACUUGCUCUUCUUAUAUGUAUGGCUACUUUCUCCAAAAUUUAUUCUUUUCGAUCUUUUCUAGCUUCGAAUUCCUUCUGCAACUGUAACACUUCAAUCAACUGUUAUACUAUCAAUCACCACGUCGAUUUAACACUGGAUACUGUAAUCCAGAAGAUCCAACAUGAGAUUGAUAUUUUGCGACAGCUGCCAAAUGAAAAAGCUUUCGGAAAACAGGCUAUUUUUCUAGCAGAUAUUUUAAAUCUAGUUGAAUCAGUACAGAAUUUACUAGUACAAAACAGUGAGCCUGGAGCAGUGUUACAUUCCUUAUCAAGGCAAACAGAACAGGUAAAUGAACCUGCUGAAUAUUUCUUAACUGAAGAAAUUCGAAAAUAUGUGAGGAUUAAACCAAACAGGUUGAAGAAACAGAACUUUAUGGGUGCUAAUGGUACAUUUACUAGCAUAGGUCAUGCUUGUUUCUCAAUGAAAUCGGAGCUCGAAGAGUACAUGGAUUAUGACGUUGGCGAAAUGUGUAAUGAUGAUUGGAGAUUAGCACAGAAACUUAUGGUUCAUGGAUGUGAUCCAUUACCUAGAAGAAGAUGUUUUGCUAGAGCUCCUCAAUUGUAUAAUAAACCAUAUCCUAUAAAUGAAUCAAUUUGGAAGUUACCUGAUGACAAAAAUGUUAGAUGGAGUCAAUACAGAUGCAAAAAUUUCACUUGUUUAGCUAGAAAUUCUAGUGUAAAAGGUUUUUUCAAAUGCACAGAUUGUUUCAAUCUUACACAUCAUGAGUCUCCAAGAUGGAUUGUUCAUUCAUAUCAAGACGCGAAUUCAGAAAUGACAGCUGAUAUAUUGAUAGCAGAAGUGCUUAAUUUGAAGCCUGGAGAGAUCAGAAUUGGACUGGAUUUCAGCGUUGGCACGGGCACAUUUGCUGCUAGAAUGAGAGAGCACAACGUGACUAUAGUCUCUGCAACAAUUAACCUCGGUGCACCAUUCAACGAGAUGAUUGCUCUUCGAGGGCUAAUUCCUCUUUACAUGACGAUAAAUCAGAGAUUACCAUUCUUCGAUAACACUCUAGAUUUGAUUCACACAACAAGGUUUCUUGAUGGAUGGAUUGAUUUUGUGCUGCUGGAUUUCGUGUUGUAUGACUUCGAUAGAGUUUUGAGGCCUGGUGGACUUAUAUGGAUUGAUAGUUUUUUCUGUUUGAAGGAAGAGUUGAAUGAUUAUUUAGAGGCAUUCAAGAUUCUCAGGUAUAAACAACACAAGUGGCUUGUUGUUCCUAAGAUAGAUAAAGAUGAUAGUGAAGUGUUCUUCUCUGCAGUGCUAGAAAAACCACCAAGACCGUUCCGAUGAAUUAUAUUUAUUUCAUACAAUAAUGUUGGUACUGAUUUUGUUCGUCGAUUUUUUAUACAUUUUCAUCCAACAAUAGAUAGGAUACAAUGUGAGUACAUUACAACGUUACCAAUAAUUGUUGUACUAAUAUAUAAAAAAAAAGAUGUCUUUUCGUCAAUGUGAUGAUUUUUAUAGUCUA